GGUAGUGGCAGAGCCCAAAGAGGCCUCGUAGGCCAAGGUAAGACACGUCUAGGUUUUUUUAUUCUGUCUUAAUCCUGAAAUGCCGUUGAAAAGUUUAUUGCAGGGAAGUGACAAGAUCACAUUUCGAGAAGAAGCUGGAGAGAAUCCCAAGUGGAUUGGCUGAAUCCCUGGACAGGGACAGGAUCUCUGGGGAGAGACUGUAAGAUACCAUGAGUACAUUUUGAGUCCCAGGAGAGGAAACUAGCCCUGGCCUGCAGACAUGUUGUGGAAGGUGCUGAUGAGACCCCAGCCCUGCAGGCUACAUUCUUUCGGAAGGAUGCGAUUAGCUCCAAAAUGCAGACCGUUGUUAGCACGCCUCGCCUAUACAACUGAUAGACAGUCAAACAAAGAAAAUAAAAAAACAGCGGAAACACUCUCCAAAUUUUCCGUGGAUCUUAGGAAAAUCCGCAGAUUGAAAGGAUGGGUCCUUUUAGAGGACAACACUCAUGUUGAAGAAAUUGCAAAUAUUUUGCAAGAACUAGGUGCCAGUGACACUGCUGUAGCCAGUAUUUUGGAGCGCUGUCCAGAAGCAAUUGUCUGUAGUCCAACCGCUGUUAGCACCCAGAAAAAACUCUGGCAGUUGGUCUGCAAAGAUGAGGAAGAGUUAAUCAAGUUAAUAGAGCACUUUCCAGAAUCUUUCUUUACUGUUAAAGACCAAGAGAACCAGAAGCUGAAUGUUCAGUUCUUUCAAGACUUGGGACUCAAAAACGUGGUCAUCAGCAGAUUUCUGACAACCGCUUCUAGUAUUUUUCACAAUCCUGUGGAGAAGAAUAAGCAAGUGAUAAAGAUUCUCCAGGAGAGUUAUCAAAGUAUGGGUGGCUCCGAGGCCAACAUGAAAGUUUGGCUACUAAAGUUGUUAAGCCAAAACCCAUUUAUUUUGUUAAAUUCUCCUGCAGCUAUAAAGGAAACGCUGGAAUUUCUCCAGGAGCAAGGUUUCACAAACUUUGAAGUCCUCCAACUUCUAUCCAAACUCAAAGGAUUUCUUUUUCAACUUGGCCCAAGAAGUAUACAGAACAGUAUUUCCUUCUCUAAAAAUGCUUUUAAGUGCACAGAUCAGGACCUGAAGCAAUUAGUUUUGAAAUGUCCUGCCCUUUUAUAUUAUUCUGUCCCAGUUUUAGAAGAGAGACUGCAGGGAUUACUGAACGAGGGAAUUUCUGUAGCUCAGAUAAGAGAGACACCAAUGGUUCUUGAAUUAACGCCACAGAUAGUACAGUACAGGAUAAAGAAACUGAAUUCCUUAGGCUAUAAAAUAAAAGAUGGACAUCUAGCAAAUCUAAAUGGAUCAAAAAAAGAGUUUGAGGCCAAUUUUGGUAAAAUUCAAGCCAAAAAAGAAAGGCCAUUAUUUAACCCUGUGGCACCAUUAAAUGUUGAAGAGUGACUUGCUGA